CGUAGGUACAGAAUGUGGGGUAUCCGUAACAAUAGAUCCUAAAGAACUUGUAAAGGCAAUAGCAAAUAUGAUUCAAUCGAUACACACUGGUAAGAUGAUGCUUAAGGCAGAACAAAUUAUAAACACAUUGGAAGAGGAUAAUGAAACAAUGAAGAUUCUUUUUAAAGAGGUCGCGGAAAAAAUAGACGGAAUUUAUGCAGAUCAAAUACAACAACUUGAGCCUGAAUCCGUUGAAGCAUUUGCUCAAUUUAUUUCAAAACAAUUGUUUGAUUAUUUAGGUUCAAAUAAAGUAGAAUUUAUCCUUAGUCCGACCGAAUUACUCAUUGAAGGAUUGCAUUUUACCGUAUAUACGAAGAAUUGUUUGUUAACUACUCUGGACGGAGUUCUAUGGAAUGCCAAGGAGAUGCUCUGUAGUACGGGUAUCAUCACUUCCGACGGUGGUGUUUACAUCUAUAUCAAAGAUCCUGGACGCAAUCUUAAAUAUGGAUUCCGUCAUGAUAAAUUACCAUAUAAUCGUUGCCAUUAUGAACGCCACGGCAAUCUGAUAGAAGCUAAUAAACGACUAAAGCAAUUAGUGCAGUUGCAAAAAACGGUAAAAGGACCUAAAUGUUGCAUUUCAUAG